AUGCAUAGAGAAGUUUAUGGUCGGAAGAGUUCGAAACUCAACUCCUGCACUGUUUUCUUCCGCGGUCCUCAUCCAACGUAUUCUCGAAAGAAUUAUGAUGUGACAUUGGAAAAUGAGUAUAAUAAUCCCCAAAGUUCUAACUUCAAUUCGGCGGAUAAAGAACAAAUGCUCAGUGAUAUCCUCUCCGAGUUCAUGAAUUCUAUCAUCUAUCGAGAUAUUGGAAGGCAUGAAAGAAACCUGAAAGAAGAAGCAAACAGCGACUGGAAUGCAGCAACUCUACGAGCUCUUCAAUGGAAAUCGAGUUGA